UUAAUGCAGUGGUGGCAGCCAUCUUGAAUAAAAUUUCACGGUGGCGUAAAGUGUAAUUCCAAAUAAAAAAUUAAUGUCAAUAAUAGUGAAUGACAUACAAAAUAAAAUUUGUCAUAAAAAAUAACAAUAUUUAUAAAGGCUAAACCAUUUGCAAAUACUCAUACGGAGUGCGUGAAAAUUAUUAAAAGAUCACCAAUAAAACAAAUCAGCUGUUAUCCGUCAAUCGAUGUCAACAAAAUUACAUAAUUUUGUUUAGAAAAACAGUGUAGCCUCCGUUUUUGAGUGUCAUUUUGAUAUUAGCAAACAUGCAGAUUCAUAUAAAUGUUCUGCAGAACAAAUUCUUCAAGUAAAUGUUUACCCAGAGGGUGCCAAAAUUCUCGACUAAUUUACGACUUUUUUGUAGAAUGUAGUCCACAGUACAUUUUUUAAACAUGGAUCACAACAAUAUAAUUGAGUGUGGUGGAUUUUAUUUUAUACACAAUUUUGACUCUGGAAAUCUCGGUCAUGUGGAGCGAGUGCCUACGGAGCUUAUUGCUCCAACCGUUAACCCAAAAACAAGUAUAGCUGAAACCCCGGACUAUGAGUUCAACAUGUGGACUCGGCCAGAUUGUGCCGGCACUGAGUUUGAGAAUGGCAACCGCACCUGGUUUUACUUUGGCAUCCAAGCCAGAGAGCCUCUUGUUACCGUGCGGCUGAAUCUAAUAAACCUGAACAAGCAGGGUAAGAUGUAUAACCAGGGCAUGGCGCCAGUCACACGGACACUGCCCGGGAAACCACAGUGGGAAAGGAUAAAAGACCGGCCAGUACAUUCUAUGGACGACAAUACAUUCACGCUAAGCUUCAAGUACCGAACGUCAGACAACCUGAAGGCGACGACGUUCUUCGCGUUCACCUACCCGUUCUCGUUUGCGGAGCUACAAAUUGCCCUGAACUCUAUAGACCUCAAGAUGCUGCCUGCGCUGUCUCCACAGUCCCCGGACGAUAUAUACUACUGUAGGGAAUGCGUUAUAUACUCGCUGGAAGGGAGACGAGUGGACUUGUUGACAAUAAGUUCCCGGCACGGCAUCACGGCCGAGCGCGAGGACAGACUCAAACACCUGUUCCCCGAGAACAAACCUAGAGCGUUCAAGUUCCAGAACAAGAAGGUAAUCUUCAUAUCAGCGCGCGUGCACCCCGGCGAGACCCCAUCAAGCUUCGUAUUCAACGGCUUUCUCAAUCUUUUACUGUCGCGUCACGACCCCGUCGCCAUGCAACUGCGCAAGCUAUAUGUGUUCAAGAUGAUUCCUUUCCUCAACCCCGACGGGGUCGCUAGGGGGCACUACAGGACGGACACUAGGGGGGUUAAUUUGAACAGGGUCUAUUUGAACCCCUCGCUGCUGUACCAUCCGACGGUUUACGCGUCCAGGGCUUUGAUUAGGUACUAUCAUUUUGGCUGUGAAAAGGAAGAUACAUUCGAUGACGUUAGAAGCAUAGCGUCUCGCAGCAUACAGAACAUCAGCGAGAGUGUCGAGAUACUCGAAACGAAGAAGAAAAAGAGCCCUCCGUACAAGUCGAAGCCGAUCGCCAAUAAGUCGUCGAGUACGCUGAAAGCCCGGCAGUCCACCACUGACACGAAAUGCGCAGAGCGAUCCAAUGAGGCCUCGUUGUUGAUCGAUCAGCUAAUGGACUCGAAAAAGUGUCCUCAGUUGAAAGGGCAGCCCGUGCCGGCGAACAAGUCUUCCAGCACGCUGAAGCGACCCUCCACGAGCGAGGACUCCGAGCAAAACGUCAAGGCGCCGAGCUCUGGAGAGGAAAACUUAAGCGAUCAGGUGUGCGAGAUGAAACUCCGAGACAUGACGUCACAGACUACGGAAACGCACUCACCACGUCCGUCUAACAAUCCCUCGCUGCUGAAUGACGAGACGCUCAGAUCGUGCCUGGGCUCUGAAGUGCACCUGAGCAAUAGCGACGAGCUCAACAUCCAGGGCAAUAACCCGCUGCUGCCGCUGCGCGACACGCUCAAAAACAGCAUCAGCCUGCUCAUGGGCACGGCCUCUGUCUCUGAAACGCGCAAAGAAGGCUCAAACAUGCGCAUGGGCUGGUGCAACGACUGCAGGCGCGCUGUUAACAGACUGCAGGAGAGCAUCCCCGGCCUCGCGGGCACUGUGGCCGGCUACAACACCGCCGUGUCUCGAGAGGGCAGCCCUUGCCGCUCCAUUGCAGAGUACCGAGAAGUUCAGAAACAGCAAUAUGACGAGCAGAUGGCGUUGGAGAGAAAGCUUCAAGACGUAGAGCAGGCAGCAAAGGACGAUACCAUAUACUUCUGUACAAACUGCUUCAAGCGAUACGUCAUCACACAAGAUAAUGAGGAAGUUAAAUUAGUGUCCGGUGUGUCGACGGUGAGCGUGGCCGUGGCGGCCGGUGACGGCGACAGCGGACACGCGCAGCAACCGAGCGGGAAGCGCGAACCCAAGCUGCGGUUACUACCACCACCAACGCCACCAUCCAAAGAAGAGAAGAGCAAUCCGCCGCCGCCCGCGGCGCGGAGCCGCAAGAAAGCACCCCCGCCCCCGCCCAAGCCGAAGGACCCCGAGUCGGGGCUAUUCCUGUACAUAGAUCUGCACGGACACGCCUCUAAGAAAGGUAUCUUCAUGUAUGGGAACCACUUCGAGGACUCUGAAGCCUCGGUGGAGUGCAUGCUGCUUCCUCGGAUCAUGUCGCUCAACAACAUGCACUUCCAUUUCUCCUCGUGCAACUUCACGGAGCGAAAUAUGUACCUUAAGGACCGCCGCGACGGCAUGUCCCGCGAGGGCUCGGGCCGCGUGGCGGUGCUGAAGGCGACGGGGCUGGUGCGCUCGUACACGCUGGAGUGCAACUACAACACGGGCCGCCUCGUCAACGUGCUGCCGCCGCCCGUGCGCGACCUGCCCGCGCCGCCCAACGCGCAGCCCCUCCCGCCCAAAUACACGCCGCAUAUAUUCGAGGAGAUAAGGCUCCGCAGUAGGAAUCUGGAGAAUUCGGAAGAUAUAGAUCCCUGGCAGGUGGGGCGUUCUCUCGGCGCGUCCAUCCUGGACCUGACGGGGCAGCACCCGAACUCGCGCGUGCCGUGCUCCGAGCACCGCACGCUCGCCUCCGUGCGCGACUGGCUGCGUGCGCACACGCGCACCGCGCGCCCCACGCUGACCAUGUCCCGGCUGCGGCCGAAGACGUCGUCGCCGACCCGCGCGCCGCUGUACGCGCGCUCCAAGGCCAAGGUGUCGGACGCCGAGCGCAAGGAGAACACCUACGCCGGCGCCAAGGCCGACGAGCUGCGCACGCCCCCUGCGCGCUCCGUGCACGACCUCGCCGCCGCCGCCGAGCGCUACCGCGAGCCCGAGCCCAAGCCCAAGACCCUGGGCAAGCGCCGCAACGUGCUCGCGGUGCGUAAACCCAACGCCAGCAAAACCCAGCUCACCAAGCAGAAUCCCGCGCGCCGCUCCGCCGACGACGGCAGCCCGCGCCCCUCCAUGCUGUCCACCAAGAUCGGCUCCAAGCGGAGCUCGAACCGCUCUCUCCGCGCCAACCGCUGCCGCGUCAUGGCAUCCUCCUCCUCCGAGGAGAUCUCCGGCUGGGAGGAGGCGGGCGAGACGCUGUCCACCCUCUCCCGGGCGGAGUCGUUGUCCGGCAAGCGGCGGCCGCCGGCAUUCGCCGCCCCGCAGCGCCUGAAGAAACUGCGCCUGAAGACCGGCUUGUAGCGCAAGCCGCGCGCGCGCCCGCAGCCCCUCCCCCUCCCCCCGACCCGGGCGCGCCACACCCCUCCGGCUAAUAACCCGACGACUAGUCUGGGACCCGACUAGGCCGCCUUACUCUUGACCGGGGACAGGUGUCUCCUACAUUUUGAGCCUUAUUUCGAAGUCUUAAGGUUCAAAUCGAUGUCAAAAGAGAUUAUCUGAGCCGGUUUAAAGCCUGCUAUGACACCCAGGCGUAUAAAUGCGUGGUAUAUUAGCGUGUACCGCUAUAGGCGGGUCUUGAUCUUAAUUCGAGGCGUAAAACUGAAAUACUUAUAUGCUGAAAACAAGCAAACAAUAGCAACUUGUAGAGAGUAGAUGGCCUAGUGCGACCAACAAUGCUAGUCGGCCCCUUAUUAUCUCAUUGUCGUAUUCACCAGUAAUUUUUCUGCUUUCUACGAUACGCAACGGACGCUACUCGUAAGAAUAAGUAAUUGAAGAAUUCCCAGCGAAAUGCUAGUGUAAACCCUUUACCAAAUCUGACAGACGGCGGCCGCUCGUGAUACGAGUAUGCCAUAUAUGUAUAAAUAUAAAUUACGAGUGCUCGACCCUUUUCCUAUUUUUAGCGUAGGUUUAUUAAAAUGUGAUCGGUUUUUCUUUGGAUUUUAUACUUGCCACGACAUUCGAUAGUUUCUGAUUGCACUGUAUGUUUUCUAUCGAAAUAAGAUGUAGAAAGUCUAAGACUCGUUCCCUUUAUCUCCACCGAAAAAAAAGUACCUUUAAAACGACAGGUAUAUUGUGAGUUAUUAUUUUUUGUUGCAGUUUUACAGAUUUAUAUAGAUACAUGUAAGUUGUGUGAUGAAAAUUUUAUUGUUUUAAAUAAAAAUAAACGUAUGUCUAUUGUAAAUAGGUACUAUUCUCCAUACCGUGUGUGUAUUUUUCGUUAUUUUAUGUUUCAAAUUAUGAAAAAAAAUUAUACAUAUGACAUAUACACUACAAUACUUUGCACUUUCAAGUAAGGCUUUAUUAAAAGACAUAUUAGAAAAGCUAUAUCCUUAUAAUAUGCAAAAUUUGUAAAGUAUAGUGUUCCCCAUAGGGUAAUAGCUCCUGGAGCGGUUUGUAAAAUGAUUAUGAUCUCAUUAAGAAAAUUUUAUAAACCUGUGGUGGCUGACGGAGGUGUGUAUCACAAAAUAUAUUUAGUAUUUACUUAUUUUUGUUUAGGUAUACCAAAUAGGUAUAGACCCUACCUUGGUGGCAAGUGGUAUGAUUACAAUUUUCACGUUUAUAGAUUUUAAAUUUGCAAUUUUUACCGUUUAGCACUAGCAUACUUAAGGUCAGACAGGUCAAGUGGGGGGAAAUAUCUCUACCCUAUACAACAUGUUAAAGUCAGGGGUAGAAAGUUUCCCCUACGGUCUAAGGGCGCGUGUACACUGUCCUGACCCCGAGUGGGGUCACCACUUUAGAGGGACUGGGUAGAGUGAGUAAAAGACUCCGUUGACUGGUAAUCUUAGACUGAUUUAUUCAAUCAUACCUACGCGUUUUAUACAUCCUGUUAUCUUUACAUCACACCUCUAAUCUGCGGCUAUACAGACAUUAUCUUAACUACUACAGCGCGAGCUCCAACCUAUACUAAGUUAUCGACACGCGCUGAUUAUAUUAUGCUGACCGCCACAAAUAUAUUACCUAUACAUAUAUUGUGCCACCAAGCUACGGUCUGGACGUAUAUGACCUUAUAAGGCUGUCAGUAGACAGUAUGUUUUGCCCUAAAUCGUUUAUGUUAAUACUUCUAUGAUAACAGUAAUUUUAUAGCGUGUCGUUUUAACUGCUUUUUUUAAAUACUUCACUGCUGACGGCCCCAAAUAACACUGAAGUAAAUCAUUGUUUAAAUGCAGUUUCGAAACUAUAUAUAAUAUAAAUAUGACAGGAUUCAUAAAGAUUGCUAUCACUAUAAUAAGACUACGUUUACUGAUUAUCACAAAGUAGGCACAGAUGUAAUAAUACUCUGGGCAAUCCGUAAACCAUAGCUGUGCAAUAUAUUGUAUAGAAAAACGUUUAUAAUGAUUUUAAGCUAAUUAUAAAAUAAUGGAAAUUUAAUCCUAAUGAACUAUUGAAAAUUUUUAGUUGUGUGUAAAGUGUUUAUCAUAGAAAGUAUUGUAUGUAUAUUUUAAAAUUGUAACUAUUUAUUAUGAAAUGUAAUAAACAAUUAUAAUAACAGCAA